CGGCAACACACGAGGAGCCGUUGAGUGAGUGCUGAGUAGGGUUAGUGCUACAGCCGGGUGUCCUGUUUUAAAACAGCCGGUGCUGCUCUCCUUGAGGCCCGAACGCGAACGCCACACGCUAGACUCCCACACUAACCGGUUGUAAUCCUCCCCUCAUCCCAUCCUCACACCCGGAAAUGGACGCGAGCGACUCAGCCCCGGAUUCCUGGGAGCAGGCGGACAUUGACACUCAGGAGGCCCAGCUCAACUCAUCCCUUGCCAAGCUCAACGUGAAUGCCAAGCCGUUCGUUCCCAAUGUACACGCCGCGGAGUUCGUGCCUUCCUUCUUUAUGACUACACCGGCCUCGGAGCGACUGCAGGAGGAGGACACACCUGACAACUCUGCACAAGAUGAAAAGUCUCUGUCCUCCGAAGACUCCAGUGCGGUUGUUGGGAUGGAGGUAUCAGAGCCAGUUGUAGAAAACGGAGAGUCAGAAAUGUCCCCUGAAGAGUCCUGGGAUCGUAAAGAUGAGCCCAGCGAAGCUGAACCAGGGGGCGGUUUGGGUGAUGGAGGGUCAGCUGAAGAAGUUCCUGUUGAAAUUAUGGAGGAAGAAGAAGAAAUAGCAGUACCCAAAACUGUUGUUGUACCCCCCGAUGCUCCCAAAAAGGAACAUGUGAACGUUGUGUUCAUCGGGCAUGUAGAUGCUGGCAAGUCAACCAUUGGGGGACAGAUAAUGUAUUUAACUGGUAUGGUCGACAAGAGAACACUUGAGAAAUAUGAAAGAGAAGCUAAAGAGAAAAACAGAGAAACCUGGUACCUCUCGUGGGCCUUAGACACAAACCAAGAAGAAAGAGACAAGGGUAAAACAGUUGAAGUUGGUCGUGCCUACUUUGAAACAGAGAAAAAACACUUUACUAUCCUUGAUGCCCCUGGCCACAAGAGCUUUGUCCCAAAUAUGAUUGGUGGCGCUUCUCAAGCUGACCUGGCUGUUCUUGUCAUUUCUGCAAGAAAGGGUGAAUUUGAGACUGGUUUUGAGAAAGGAGGACAAACCAGAGAACAUGCCAUGUUGGCCAAAACAGCCGGUGUCAAACACUUAAUAGUUCUUAUUAAUAAAAUGGACGAUCCAACGGUGAACUGGAGCAACGACCGGUAUGAAGAAUGUAAAGAAAAGCUUGUGCCCUUUUUGAAGAAAGUUGGAUUCAACCCCAAAAAAGAUAUUCAUUUUAUGCCAUGCUCGGGGCUGACUGGGGCCAACCUCAAAGAGCCAGUGGAGUCUUGCACAUGGUACAACGGAUUAGCAUUUAUACCAUAUCUAGAUAAUAUGCCAAACUUCAACAGAUCAUAUGACGGACCUGUCCGGCUGCCAAUUGUGGAUAAGUACAAGGAUAUGGGCACGGUGGUACUAGGAAAACUAGAAUCUGGUUCAAUAUGUAAAGGACAGCAGCUUGUCAUGAUGCCAAACAAGCACACUGUUGAAGUUCUUGGGCUGCUGUCGGAUGAAGUGGAAACUGAGCUUGUAGCACCUGGAGAAAAUCUGAAGCUCAGACUCAAAGGCAUUGAAGAGGAAGAAAUCCUUCCAGGAUUUAUACUCUGUGACCCAAACAAUCUUUGCCACUCUGGACGCACAUUUGAUGCCCAGAUUGUCAUUAUCGAGCACAAAUCCAUCAUCUGUCCUGGUUACAAUGCAGUGCUGCAUAUUCAUACCUGCAUCGAAGAAGUUGAGAUAACAGCCUUAAUCUGCUUGGUAGACAAAAAAACAGGAGAAAAAAGUAAGACACGACCCCGAUUUGUAAAACAAGAUCAAGUUUGCAUUGCCCGUUUGAGGACAGCGGGAACUAUCUGCCUUGAAACCUUCAAAGAUUUCCCUCAGAUGGGUCGAUUUACCUUGCGAGACGAAGGUAAGACCAUUGCAAUUGGAAAGGUCUUGAAACUAGUUCCAGAAAAGGACUAAGUUUUUAUUUCCUCUUGACCCAGCACAAUACUGUGAGGAAAACUGUCUCUACAGAAGCCUACUUCACAUCGCCUUCUUACUGUUUGCCCAUUGACAAACUCUUUCCCCCCCAAGAAAAAAAUAAAAAUAAUCACAGCAGAAAUACUAUGUCCACAUUGUAAGCUUUCUCAUAUUGAGAGCUCUGCUGUGUCAUUGAUGUAUUUCCUUCCCUGAACAUUUUCAUUUCCUAAGUCCCUACUAAAUUUUGCAUCCAUGGAGAGGUUUGGCAAUAGCAUCAUAAGUGAUGUGGACAAUAACGAAAACCUAAGAAUUUUUUUUUUAAGUUCAUGCAAUACUACACUUUCCUCACCACCAGAACAGAACAUAAGACAUCUUAAUUCUUGGUAGAACAUUCUAAGUGUGCGAAUGUGUGAGCACGUGUUACAAAGAGCUACCAUGUUAAUAAAAUGUUCAAUUUGAAACCCCUUUUCGGUA